AUGCCCUCACGUUUCCCGAAUUCGUGUCCCAUCAGCGGGGCGGGCGGAGAAGACAGGGAGAGGAAGGGCGGAGAUGUCGAGGCUGCUCCAGUUAUUGUUGCUGCUGUACUCCGAUAAAAUCUGGCGAGCUUCCCGUUGUGCGCAUAUUCCAUUUUUGUCUUCAAUCUUCCCAGAUCCAGCUUUCCUUGGGAGAACUUGCCAUGGCUCUUCAAUUGUUCCGUGGUGCUCCUAUGUCGAUUCCAAAAGCGGAUCCUUCUCAUGAGAAGCCUACUUCCCCCCUUGCUUCAAAUGUUAUUUCAAAAUCUUUAUUUUGGAGAGUUCCAGUUGAUCGACAGAGAUUCAUCUCCACUAUAGGGUUUCAAAAACAACCAUUACAUGUGAUGGCUUCACAGAAUACUUCAGUGGCUACUAGUGCUGACACAUCUAAUAAGAAUUCAAGUGGGCCACUGCAGAAAAAUGUUCAGCAGUCAACAUUUCCCAUUGCAUUCCAGGCACUUGUUGAGGAUGUUUGUGAGCAGACUCAAAUUGCAGAACUGAAACUCAAGAUUGGUGAUUUUGAAAUGUUCCUGAAAAGAGAUAUAGGGAUUUCAUCUGCUCCAAGUCCAGUUUAUGCGCCUGUUGAAUCUCCAAUUACAGCACCGCCAAUCCCGAGUGAGCCAAUGGAGGAAACAGCUACUUCUCCCACUCCUGUCCUGGAACAGGUCUCUACUGAAGAAACUUCUAGCCCAUUUGUCAACAUUUCUGCAGCAAAGACAUUAAAGCUGGCAUCUUUGGAAGCUUCUGGUCACGAUGCAUUUGUUAUUGUAGCAUCGCCAUUGGUAGGUACAUUUCAGAGAGGAAGAACAAUAAAAGGCAAAAGACUGCCUCCUAGCUGCAAAGAGGGGGCUGUUAUCAAAGAGGGGCAAAUCAUUGGCUUCUUGGGCCAAUGUGGAAAUGAACUUCCUAUCAGAUCGGAUGUAGAUGGAGAAGUAUUAAAGAUUCUCUACGAAGAUGGAGAAGCUGUUGGGUAUGGCGAUCCGCUUGUUGCUGUUCUGCCUUCAUUCCACGCUAUAAACUGAGUCUAUCGUAACUUCUCGCCGCGGUUCUGAUCUCCAGUGAUUCAAAUAUACCCGAUGAAUGCUGAUGAGGUUCAUCUGUUGCAUUUUACCUUUGAAUUUAAAUUGAUUGAGGAACUGAACAUUUCAAAUUUGCUUUAUUUUUGGUGUAAAGUUAAAUGUGUGAGGAGUGGUUAAGGAAAAACUGUGCUUUGUUUUAAACACAGGGACCACUAAAUCAUUGAGUAAAUGAUUUUCCUUGGACAA